CUUUGUCUGGCCAAGCCGAUUAGAUGUCGCCGGUCUCGGUACAAGAUUCCCUUGCUCCUGUUAUUUGAUACAUUUUCUCUCUGGGCUUUGGUUGAUUUCAGUGGGUUGGCAGCAGGGCUACUGGGACAAGGGGUUUCAUUCUUUCUCUUAUCAUCCUCUGCUGUUGUAAUCAAUCCAUUCUUGGUGGAACAAGAAGUGCCGGCGCCGGCUAUACGUUCCUCACAAUGAAGGCAAUCAUUCAGCGCGUGCUUUCUGCGUCCGUGACGGUGGAAAAGCAGCUGGUGUCAUCCAUUGGCCGUGGAGUGCUGGUAUUUGCGGCCGUUGCGCCGGGAGACACAGAAAAAGAAGCCGAUUCAUUAGCGAACAAGGUUGUCAAGAUGAAGCUUUGGGACGACGAAGACGGUGGCCGGUGGAAAAGGAGCGUCACAGACAUUGAGGGCGAGGUGCUGUGCGUAUCACAAUUUACUCUGCUAGCAAAAACCAAAAAGGGCACCAAGCCCGAUUUCCAUGGCGCAGCAAACCCCGAAGAAGCGAGCCGGCUAUACCAUUACUUUGUACAAAAGGUCAAGGACCUCUAUCUGGCGGAUCGAGUCAAGGACGGCAAGUUUCAGGCCAUGAUGGAAGUUGCUCUUGUCAACGAUGGGCCGGUUACUUUGGAGCUCCAGACCGGUGCUCCCGUGUCUGAAAGGUAGAGGGUGAUACAGAUGAUGAGAAUACGAUGUGACGUAUAGAGCGAAUAGAAUUGAGGGAAAUUAGUCCAUAGAAAGAGCCAUAGAUUUACGCUUUGAUACUUGGUUUUCAACUUGCUUCAUUCCCGGGUAGUCAUUUUGCUGACGGCACUUUACUCCGAGUAAGGUGCUGGCAAGAGACGACUGGAUACAAUACUUGUAAUUCAUCUUGGAACGGAAUUAAAUGAGAAAAAUAGUUCAAAGGCAGUAUAGGAGCCAUC